UGGUCCUGGCGGAGAGAGAGGUGGGCCCGAGCGAAAGCCGCCGGGGUGUGUAUUUUCUGGUGCGCCAAUCUCUGCCCCGAUCAUCCCAUCCAUUGCACCCAUCGCAUCGCAUCACAUCCCAUUCCAUCGUACCCAUCCCAUCCCAUCCCAUCCAAAUAUGCUCUCUGCUGACCAGGGCAAGAUCCAGACCAUCGCCCUCGUCCGCGAUUUCCUCCAAUCCAGCGGCUUUUGUCGAGCCCUCGCCGAGCUCGAUCGCGAACUCCUCGACUGGGACUCCAACCUCAACUGGAGCGAGGUCGGCCCUGCAACGACGCCGGCGGCCGUCAGGCUCGAGUCCGGCAAGGCCUCGUUCACUCUUCCGCCGCUUCAAGUGGUCGUUGACGACUAUGUAGCGCGCACGUCUGCUGCUUGGAAUGCAGCCCACUCAUCGUCGGCCGAACGGAAUCUUGCCCAAGCCUCGUUUCAAAGAGUCGAGCCAUUGUUCUCCUCGGAGCCACUGCAAAGACUCGAGUCGAUCCAUAAGAGCAACAUCCUGGUCUCCAAGCUCGUCGAUCUUCCUCGUCGUCUCUUUGCAGCCCAGGGGCCGUCGGGAAACCUUGGGGAUGAACCAAGCGAGUCAACGGUUCGUGUGGUCGUCACGGCCUCGACCGACAAGAUCGUCAAGAUCAGCGACACCCAGACAGGCGCCGUCUUGUGGAGCUUUGAGUAUCCCAAGGGAUCGGUCCUGGAUGUGGAACUCGACUGCGACGAGCCAGGGUGGCUGGAACGACGAGACGAUGCCGGUGCCGAUGCCGAUGGCAGUGACAAGUCUCGAAGCACAAGCGUCUAUCGUUUGGUUCUCGCGGGCAUGGACGGCCUCGUCCACAUCGUCGAUAUUGCCACCCGCACGAUCGUGCAGACCCUGGAGCCCCACUCCAAGUACGUCACCGCCGUCAAGGUCGUCGAGUCCAAGGGAGAGUUCUUUGUCGUGACGGGAUCGCACGACAAGACAGUCAAAAUCUAUCGCCGGACCGGCGCUGGUGCUUCUCCAGGCGCAUCCGAAUGCAACAAAAUGCAGCAGCAGCAACAGCAGCAGCAUUAUCGACAGUCGCUGUAUUCGCUCGUACAUUCGGUCGAGUUCCAGGGUGCCGUCGAAUGCAUGUGCCUCGUUCCUCCAGAGCAAGAAGAGCCACCAGCACCCCAGGACUCGCUCGAAACAGCUCAAGCAACUCACAGCGUCGCUGCUUGCCAAGAUGAAGAAACUCAGCAACAUCAUCGGCGCAGGCUCGGUUGUUGGUCCAUCGCCGUGGGCUGUCGAGACGACAACUAUCUGCACUACAUCGACCUCGACAGCUCCACCGGCUUUCGGCAGCACCGGUACAAUCUUAACGCCAAUGGCGACGAUUGGGUUUCCUUCUCGCCAAUGUGCCUGGCGCUCUCUCCCUCGGGCCGGCAUCUGGCCUGCUACACCGACACAGCAAGCGGCCGAAUCCUGGUGCUGGGUGCCCGAUCGGCCGUGCAAGUGCAGAGCCUCUGGGGCAUCGCAAUCGACCCCAUGUUUGCCCAGCCCCGGUGCAUCUUUGAUCCGUCCGGCAACUUUGUCCUGGCCACGGCCGACGACCACGCCAUCUGGGCCUACAACAUCGCCUCGGGCCAGUGCGUCAGAAAGAUGCUCGGCCACACCUCGACGAUCCGUGGUCUCCACCGACUGGGGGACUCCUGGGCAUCGUGUUCGUUCGAUAAGAGUGUCCUGCUUUGGGGAAGCGUCGCCACGAUCAACCCCUGAGCACAGGACAGCAGCAGGAUCAUGGGAAUCGCUUCGAUAGUUUGUGUGGGCACCAUGUCGGCCAAGCGGACCGUGCGAAUACAACAAGCGCUUUUCACA